GGUGAUUUCCCGGCAGCCCCCGCGCCUGACGCUGGCUUUUAAGGUUGCGCGCUGAGGUCGGGGCGGUAAAGCACGUCACGCACAGGCCGGCUGGAGGAAGAUGGCGGCUCCGGGGGAAUACUUCAGCGUCGGCUCCCAGGUUUCGUGCCGGACAUGCCAGGAGACGCGGUUGCAGGGCGAAGUGGUGGCGUUCGAUUACCAGAGCAAGAUGCUGGCGCUCAAGUGCCCCUCAUCUAGUGGAAAACCCAACCAUGCGGACAUCCUCCUGCUCAACCUGCAAUAUGUGUCUGAUGUAGAGGUGCUUAAUGACCGCACACAGACACCUCCGCCUCUAGCCUCCCUCAAUAUUAGCAAGCUGGCAAGCAGAGCUCGGUUGGAGAAGGAAGAGAAGAUGAGCCAGGCUUACGCCAUCAGUGCUGGGGUCUCUGUGGAUGGACAGCAGCUAUUCCAGACCAUUCAUAAGACGAUAAAGGACUGUAAAUGGCAAGAGAAAAAUAUAAUAGUUAUGGAAGAGGUAGUCAUCUCUCCUCCCUACCAAGUGGAGCACUGCAAAGGAAAGGAAGGCAGUGCACUAAGCCAUGUUCGCAAAAUAGUUGAAAAACACUUUAGAGAUUUGGAAAGUCAGAAGGGGCUGCAGAGAAAUGCAAUCCAACCAUCACAGAAAGAAACCAGCACAUCCUCCUGAGCCCUCAGCCAUCUUGGCCUGGCUGCCCCUGAGCUGCCUGCUCUUUAUUCCACUAUGAUGAAAUCCGUGUGAAGAGCUACAGAGGAAGGGUGGUCGACAUAGGGAUGGGGGGUGGGAGGCAAGUAGGGGGGUGGAACAGGGUGGUAUUGGGUAGCUUUAAUUUCCGGACUAGUCCCUCUCAACCACUUCCUACAACGGCCAGUUAAUUCCUGGAUUUUGUUUGAAGGGGGUUGAGGGGAUGCAGAGCUAUAGAGAACCAAUUGAGGACCCCAAUUUUAAUUUUUUUUUUUUUUUUUUUUUUACCAGUCAAGGUUUUUCUCUCUCAAUUUGCCAGUCCGGCUCCAAUUCAGAAUCUUCCUGAGGUCACAUUUCUCCCACAGCAGUCUUGUUCUCCCCAAUAAUAUUAAUAAUUUUUUUUAUUUUAUUUACUGUCUUUAUUUGUGUUAUGUUUCUCUUCUCUAUCCUGUUGCUGGGGGAAAUCAACCCUUUCUCAGCCACUGGGACAGGGCAGUGCUUGGCAUAACUCCCUCUGGCCGUGAAAGGGUUAUAAAAUUGCCUGUAAAAAGGAGAACAAAAAACAAACUAAAAAAAAAACUACAAAAAACAAAUAAAAACGAAAAACAAAA